CCCCGGGGCCGGCGUGACCGAGACGCCCUGCCUGUCCUUUUCCAGGUCCAACGCCUCCGUCACUGAACAGUUUGAUGGAGAAUCGGUCGGAUGACAGCGGGAACUGUUGUUAUCACCGGGGGAAUCCUUGCAACGGUGAUCCUACUGUGCAUCAUUGCCGUGCUCUGCUACUGUAGGCUACAGUACUAUUGCUGCAAGAAAGAUGACUCCGAUGAGGAAGAGGAGGAGGAGGAGGAGGAAGAGGAAGAGCCCGACCUUCCCACGCACUCGCACCUCGGCACGUGCAACGCCUGCAACUCCCGCAUGGUGGAUGGCCGGGGCAGCCCCGCGCCCCCCCCCAGCGAGCUCAACCAGCACGGGGCUCACAACUACUGCCCGACCUGCUCCCCCUACGGCUCCCCCUUUUACAUCCGGACUGCCGACAUGGUGCGCAACGGGGGCGAGAGGGUCACCUACACCCCCGCCUGCUACAAGGAGAUGGGGCCGCCCAUCAACAUGGCCACCCUGCAAAGCUACCCGGUGAGCCGCCACGGCCUCCUCCGCGAGAGCUUCCCGAACCCGCGGGCUAUCAGCACGGAGGUGUAGUCACCAUUGC